AUGCCGGGCCGCCAUGCGAUCCCGAUGCGUGGACCCACGGCGCCUAAUCGCGCUCAAGGCAGAGACAAUGCAGUAAAUCAGCCAUGGCGCAGUAGUUUGGAUCUUGUGUGGUCCUAUUCGCGCUCCCAAGCUUAUUUCGGGGACAAUCUCAUCAGUUCACCGAGUUUUGUUGAGCGGCGUUGGUGUGGCCAGGAUCCGGGCACAUCGAACGACGAAGAAAGUGUGCAGGAUAGUGACGCCCAAAUGACUGGCAUUGAGUCGACCGAUGGCGAGUUCUCCGGCGACAAUUCGUCUAUGUCCGAUGACAGCGCUUCCUUGUCGGCACGUGUCCGCGACCGUGGUCCCACUGAGUUGGAGGCGCAGCAAGUAUGGGACGAUAUGCAAGAAGCGGAGAUGGCAGCGGAGCAUCGUGGCUCUUCUAGUCGCCGAGGAGAAAAGUCCCAUCGAUACCACCACACUCUUCCCGCGCAUGCCGAGUCGGAUGACGACGAUGACGAAGACGACGACGAAUAUGCAGAAGGCCUCAGCGACGAUGGCCAGGACCAUUCUGGACGCAGUCGGAGCCGCAGCCCCAAGCAAUUGUCGCUCGACGCGACGGCGACCAAAUACCCGCAGCGAUUGUACUAUGCGUCGCCAGACCGUGCUCCGAGCCGUCCACCACGAGGCACGCCUCCUUUCCAACCAUCGACUCGGUCUCGAUCGCGUCUCCGGACACCGCUUCGUGCCAGUGCUCCGCACUUGCGUGAUCCGUACCGUGUAGACGAGCGUACGCCGCUGAUGCGUGUCCCGCACGUCAACUCAUCGUAUCAGGGUGCCCUUAGUCCCUCGAUGCUCUCGCCUGCGACAGAGACAGCCCUGGACGAUCGUGAAAAGAGCACUACCCUGCAGACGUGGUUUAACACGGUCAAUGCGCUGGUCGGUGUCGGUAUUCUCUCGAUGCCGCUCGUCUUUGCGAGUGCCGGCUGGAUGGGCGGUUUUUUCCUGUUUAUUCUGUGUGGCAGUUUGACCAAUUGGAGUGGGAAGCUCCUGGCGCGGAUCAUGGCGCGUGAUCCCUCGCUGCGUACGUAUGCGGACAUUGGUAUGUACGCUUUUGGCCCCAAGGCGCGUGUGUGGAUCGGCGUAUUGUUUUGCAUGGAAAUGUUUAUGGUGGCCGUGGCGCUGAUCAUCCUGUUCAGCGAUAGCUUGGCGGCGCUUGUGUAUGGCUAUGCGGAGACGCCGAGCCCUACCACGCUUGUGUGGUUCAAGGCGCUGGCGUUUGUGCUGGCGAUGCCAACGUUGUUCCUUUCUCUCUCGCUCAUUUCGCCCGUGUCCCUGAUUGGCAUUUUGAGUAUUCUGUUCUUGUUUUUGGUUCUUUUUGUGGAUGGGCUGGCCAAGCGCGAGGCACCUGGGAGUCUGUGGCAUCCAGCCUCUACAACAUGGAAGCCCCAGUGGUCGGGCAUGGGCAUCGGAUUUGGUUUGCUCAUGUCCGGUUUUUCUUCGCAUCCCAUUAUACCCUCGCUGUACCGUGACAUGCGGAACCCAGCGGACUUUUGCCGGAUGCUGGAUUUGGCCUACGUUGCGACGGCGCUGCUCUAUUUGUCUGUCGCGACGACAGGCUACAUGAUGUUUGGCGAUCGCGUGUCCGAUGUGAUUAGUAGCGACUUGGCCCAUACACCAGGCAUGCCAGCUAUUCUCACGACGACGUGUGUGCUGCUCAUGACUAUCAACCCUCUGACCAAGUUUGCAUUGGCGGUACGCCCUGUGCAAUCCUUGCUGGAAAACCUGGUGGGUCUGAGUGCAGAAGACGAUCAAAAGACGCCACAUGUGUCCGAGACAGAUUCACGAAUGCCUGGGGCACAGGUGGGCACAUCGGCGAUACCGCCAUCCGAAUCUACCUCACACAGCAUGUUCCAGUCGCACUUGGAGCUGGACCGUAUGACGUCCGCUGAUCUUGUGCAGUCAUUUGGCGACCGUUUGGGCCACCAUAUCAAGUCGAAAGUCGGCGCACGGCUUGGGCGUAUAGGCUUAGCCCUGAUUCUCUCCGGCUCGGUCCUUUUCGUUGCGAUUGUGUUCCCGAGUUUGGAGCGUGUGAUGGCGUUCCUAGGUGCGUUUUUCGCCUUCAACACUUGCAUUCUUGGGCCCUUUGCUGCGAAUAUGGCUGUAUUUGCCACGGAGCGAAGCAUGGCAGCUACCCUAUUUGACUGUAUAUUGCUUGGCGUAUCACUCGUGCUAUCUGUGUUAGGGACACUCGGUGCGUUUACGUCGAGCGUGUGA